AACUGAAGUGUGGUAAUGAAGUGAUUUUCAGUCUUCAGACACCCAAAACUCUGCAGGGAGACACCGCUAAGGAUCCUGAGGUAUACACAAAGACAGUGGAAAGGAUUCCGGCUGAUGGAGAAGACAGGACGUCUGUCUGUCUGUCCGUCCGUCCGUCCUUCUGUCUGUCUGUCCCACAGGUGAAACUGUCCUUGCAGCAUCAAACAGUGUCAUUGUCCUCACAGAUGUGAAGCCCUGAAUGAAACACUGCCUCCACAUCUGUCUGCAGUGACUUCGGGGGAACUGCCCCCCUCCACCCCAGGACUUGAUGAGCAGACAGUUUUAUUAAAGUCUGAAUCGUCAUCUUUGACAGAGAGGAGCCAACUCCAUCCUGGUGCUGUGACACACAGCUUCCAGCUUCAGCACCGCCGAACCACCGAGCCACGGAGCCGCACUCAGCUCUACAGGUGAUAGGACGCAGAAAGGAAGACGCGUCCAAUGGACUCCAGCACCGCCACGUUCCGAUCACGUGGUGCGUCCGCGGCGGAUCAGUGUGAGCGGCGAGCGGGAGGCGUCGGGCUGCCUGGCGCUCCGUCAGAGCGGGGGAACAUCUGUCUCUCAUGGUUGUGCGCGGAGUCUCACUGAGCGGACGAUGCGGCUCCUCACUGUCUCCACUCUGCUCCUGGUCUGCGCCAGCUCAGGACUGGCUCUGCAGAUCCAGUGCUUCCAGUGUGAAGAGAUGACACACGACUGCUCCAGCCCAGACUUCAUCGUGAACUGCACCGUGAACGUGCAGGACAUGUGCCAGAAGGAGGUUCUGGUGAAGGACGAUGGCGUGUACUACCGCAAGUCGUGCGCCUCGUCGGGAGCGUGCCUGAUCGCGUCCUCGGGCUACCAGCAGUUCUGCACGGGCAAACUCCACUCCGUGUGCAUCACCUGCUGCAACACGCCGCUGUGCAACGGGCCGCGGCAGAAGAAGCGGGCGCCGGCGUCGGCGGCCGCAGGCCUGGCCUGGCGUCAGGCGUGUCUGCAGGCCGCCUGCGUGCUGCUGCUGCUGCUGCGCUGACAAGACGGAGGACCAACGCCUGCCGCCAUCAAGCUUUAAAACGCACUUUUCUUCAUUUUCUAGCGUUUUUGUUCCUCUUGAAAAACUACACUGUGAAAUGUUGUCAUGUGGUGUUGCAGCUGCAGAGGAGGAGGACGCAGCGUCUGGACGCUGGAACUAAUCGACAGCAGGCGGCUCAUGCUCAUUUGUCUUUAUUUAGGAAGGAGGAGAAGUGAGUGGGUUUCAACAAGACCUGUUACUUCUACUGGGUGAGAGCUGUGUUUGAGUGGCAGUUACACACAGAGCUUACACUCAUUCCAUCUGCCGUGUGCUACAGCCCCCGGUGAACUCUCCUCAUCCACUUCAUGCACAGCGACCACAUGUUGACAUGAACCUACCACCACAGAGGCAAACUGACAGGACUCUGUCCAGGAUGAAGAACAGCCUUGUCUCAGAAAGAGUCUUAAUAGGAGCAGUUCUAACAUCUGGUGAGGCGUUCAGGGUCUAGAUGUUGGGCUGAAACAUUAACAAAUGACAUUUCUCUCGUGCUGUUCUUGUAAAUAAAGUCAGUCGUGUUUCUAA